GAACAUUUGUUUCGUUCUUAGAACGUUUUCGGGUUCUACGAACAUGUCGUGGUAGGCCUGUAGGAAUGCCGGAACGGUCCGUCCCUGCUCAACUCCUGGGUCUGGGCAUACGGCGCCCUUCCGGUAGCAUCCCAGCAUCGAUGGCGGCCUGCCGCGUCCUGGCGCUGUCCGCCCUCGCCUCCACGUGCGCCGGCCUGGCGCAGAAGAAGGACGACGUCCUCGUGACUCACAAUCUGACCAUCUGCAACGGGUACGCGGACCGCAAGCCCCUCAGCGUCUAUGCGAUGACCAAUAAGGCCAAGCUCACGGAGAACCCCCUGGAGUACAAGGUGUGCAAGCUGAUCUCGCUGGAGAUGGGCGAGGGCGAGCGCCUGGACUUCAAGCUGGGCGGCCUCAGCGUGGGCACGUUCCGCGCGGCCGGCCUGCCCUACACGCCCUCGAACCUGCUGCUGGUGCCGUUCCACAAGGACACCAAGACGAUGUCCGCCGCCUUCGCCUCCCACGCGUUUUCCUCGCUGGAAGGGAGCCAGGAGCGCAAGCUGGACGCCGCUGCCAACACCAGGCAUCCAGGAUCGAGGUGCAUCACUCUCGGGGCUCUGGAGGUCUCCGUGGGCCCCCAGGAACCGCUCAGGAUCUUCGUGGAGUGUCUGUCGAUGGACAGGUACGUGGUGAUGCGCGUCGGCAGCGAGGCAGAUGGCCACGAGGAGGACCUCGUGCUCUCCGCGGCCACGGGCAGCGACUUCGCGCGGGAGCCGGGGGCUCUGGAGUCUCUGGAGUUCCUGGAGCGUGUCUCGUACAGCCCAGAUGCCGAAAACGAGGAUGGCAGCGGCUCCCUCCGGUCGGGCCUCGGCGCCGUGGCCCUGCUGGCCGCGGCGGUCGCCGCCCUGGCCGCGGCGUGA